AUGGAAACUCUUCAUCAACUCAAAAACAACCAAUUUUUGAUGGGGCUUUGUCGCAACGGGCCUCCACCUGAUCUUCAAUAUGAUAAUUCCUCAGAGCUCUUCCGAAUCUCAAUUGCUCGUUUCCCUUCAUCGGGAGUGACAGAGCGAAGUCUUGCAAGGGCAGGUUGGUUCUACACCGGCGUGGGUGACCGAGUGCAGUGUUUCAGGUGUAAUGUAACAAGCAGAGGGGGCAAGACUGGAGAUUGUCCGAUAGAGAAACACAGACAACUAUCUCCAACUUGCUGCCCUUUAUCCAAAGUCCUGCCAUCAACAGCCAACCUGCUCUCUUCAUCUCACUCUGCCUUUUCACCACUCUCCGUGGCGCUCCCACCCAUACCACUUUCAGGUCCAGGCCCAGCUGCUAAUCCUCCAGCAGGGAGCCAAGGCGAUGAACCUAUGGGCUAUUUAAAUAUGGGCUUUUCUGCUCCACCACCAUCCAGCCCUCUCAGUUCUCGUGGUGUAGAAGACAUGUCCCACCAAAGACCAACGUGCCACAACCCCAGCAUGCGCAGGGAGCAAGACCGCCUGGACUCCUUCCAUUCCUGGACGCUGUCCAUCAUCACCCCUGCUGAGCUUGCCAAGGCAGGCUUCUACUACCUGGGCCAGGGUGACCGAGUGGCGUGCUUCAGCUGUGGAGGACAGCUUUGUAACUGGGAGCCCGGUGACAGAGCUGUGUCCGAACACCAGAGGCAUUAUCCCAACUGUCGAUUUGUCCGUGGAGACAGAGCUGACAACGUGUCACUGGCCGGACCUACAUCUGGAUCAGUGUCCUCCCAGGGAGUCCUGGCACUCAGUAAUGUAUCCAACCCAGCCAUGCAGCAGAGCGAAGAGAGGCUACUUACCUUUGUAAACUGGCCAACUCGGAUUCCUGUCAGACCUGAUCAACUGGCUAGAGCUGGUUUCUACUAUGUAGGUCGUAAUGAUGAUGUCAAGUGUUUCUGCUGCGAUGGAGGCCUGCGAUGCUGGGAGUCUGGAGAUGAUCCUUGGGUGGAACAUGCCAAGUGGUUUCCUCGCUGUGAAUAUUUACUUCAGGAGAAGGGACAAGAAUUUGUUCAUCAGAUACAGGCUCGCUUUCCCCGACUGUUUGAGCAACUUUUAACAAAUGGGGACAGCACCUCCAGAGAAUUUAUGGAUGCACCUGUGGUCCACCUCGGCUCAGGAGAGGAGCGCAGCGAAGACGCAGUCAUGAUGAACACACCUGUGAUUAAAUCGGCCUUGGAGAUGGGUUUUGAGCGUAGUCUGGUUAAGCAGACCGUCCAGAGUAAGAUCCUGACCAGCGGAGAGAACUAUAAAACAGUCCAGGAGCUGGUGUCAGACCUGCUCAGUGCUGAGGAUCAGAAAAGAGAAGAAGAGCGGGAGAUGCUGGCAGAAGCAAUGGCGUCUGAUGGAUUUACUUUUGUAAAGAGACACCAGGCAGCAUUGAUCCAGCGUCUGAAGACUGUCGAACCCGUACUGGAGCACUUAAGAGAGCAAAAUGUCUUAACUGCUGAGGAGUACAGUGGACUUCAGGCCCAGACAUCAGCACAGCAGCAAACUGCCAGGCUGAUAGAGCUCAUCCUCAUGAAAGGGCAAUGCAGCGGACUCGAGGUCUUCCGCAACUGGGUUCAGAAAAAUGACGUGCACCUGCUCAGAGAUCUCAUGGCCCAGUCAACGGAAGCUGCAUCACCAAGUCAGGAUCUUUCAGAUCUCCCAAUGGAGGAGCAGCUGCGCCGCCUGCAGGAGGAGCGAACCUGUAAGGUGUGCAUGGAUAAAGAAGUAAACAUCGUCUUCAUCCCAUGUGGGCACCUGGUGGUGUGCACAGAAUGUGCACCUUCACUACGAAAAUGCCCAAUCUGCAGAGGUCUGGUUAAGGGCACGGUCCGAACCUUCCUGUCUUAACCAGGAAGUAGUUUUGACUAAUCAGUAAUUAAUGUAAGCAAUAUGAUAUACAUUAUACAUUUAUAAACUGUUGUAGGAUAUUGGGGGGGGGGGGGGGGGGGGGCACUUUGCCCAUUCAAAACAUAUUAAGAAAAGAGUUGCAAAAAUUGUUAU